UAUUUAUCUGACUUCAUCUCCCUAUUCAUUCCACUCCUCCCCGGGGUCCUCUGAAGAAAGACAAGUUUAACCCACCGGCAUGGAUAACACACAACCCAAGAUCAUCUGUGAAAAUGCCACCGAAGAGGUGAUACACGAAGAACCAAAAGAAGAGAUUUAUGAAGAACCAAAGGAGAGGAUAUACGAAGCCCCCCAAAAGGAGUUGUGCGAUGACCCCAAAGAGGAGUUGUGUGAAGUCUCACAGAAGGAGAUGUACGAGGUUUCAGAAGAGGAGUCCUAUGAAGUAUCACAGGAGGUGAUGUAUGAACUUCCAAAAGAGGAGUCAUAUGAAGUUUCUGAGGUCUCAGAACAGGAGGUGUUUGAAGCUGCUGAUCCUUCAGAGGAAAAUAGGGGGGGCGUUUCCGAUCAGAUCGAUGAAGAGGAAAUGUCUUCUACCGUUCAGGUCUUUUAUAACUGCGAGUGUUCUUAUAUGGAAGAUGACGAGGGAGACAGCUCAGCCUUCUUUCAGCACGGUGCAGAAGAAGACCACCAGCUCCAGGAGGAAAUACAGAUAUCAGAUUGUGUUUUGGAAAAGCAACAAAUGGCUAGGAGCAUCUCAAUGGACAAACAAUCUUCCCCCACUGGAUUUGCCCUGAAAGGCAGAGCCUUCUCCACUGAUUUGAAUUCACCCACCAACAAUAGCACCCUGACCUUCAACCAGCAGGAGCAAAAUGACAAUUUUCCUAAGGAGUUGGAGAUCUUCCUCUUUAUGAAGGCUGGAAUAGAUGGGGAAAGCAUUGGAAACUGCCCCUUCUCUCAGCGCCUCUUCAUGAUCCUCUGGCUGAAAGGGGUUGUGUUCAACGUCACCACUGUUGAUCUGAAGAGGAAGCCAGCCGAUCUGCACAACUUGGCCCCUGGGACCCAUCCCCCAUUCCUGACGUUUAACGGGGAGGUCAAGACGGAUGUCAAUAAGAUUGAAGAGUUCCUAGAAGAGACCUUGGCACCUCCAAAGUAUCCCAAGCUGGCUGCAAAAUACCGGGAGUCCAACACAGCAGGGAUUGACAUUUUUUCCAAAUUCUCUGCCUACAUUAAGAAUACAAAGCAGCAGGAAAAUGCCAACCUCGAAAGGGGCUUGACGAAGGCUCUGAAGAAGCUGGAUGACUAUCUGAACACCCCUCUGCCUGAUGAAAUAGACGCCAACAGUCGCGGAGACGAGGAGAAGGUGUCCCGCCGCAAGUUUCUGGAUGGGGAAGAGCUGACGUUGGCCGAUUGCAAUCUGCUGCCCAAGCUUCAUGUGGUCAAGAUCGUGGCCAAGAAAUACCGUAACUAUGAGAUUCCUGCAGAGAUGACAGGCCUGUGGAGGUAUCUGAAGAACGCUUACGCCCGGGAUGAAUUCACCAACACCUGCGCGGCAGACAAAGAGAUCGAGGGGGCCUACGCUGACGUAGCUAAACGACUCAGCAGGUCCUGAGCAUCCUUUCCGUAAAGUACUCAUUCUCCCCAGAGGACUCCCGUCUCACAGACUCCUCUCCUUGUUGCCUUGAGAAGCAUCACUCUCGUAUCCGAUUGAAAUCGGGAUUGCGGCGUGCUGUCUUCAAUGAAGGGUUGGAACUGAACGGCAUACCCUUGCAACAUGAUGUUCGGGGCAACAGAAACUAUAAUAAAUUCCUGCUCUGCUGAUGA